AUGGCCUCCCAGACGGACUUUCAGAAAUCCUUCUUGCUACCCAAAGUGGUGAGCAGCUUCAUUAUUGGAACAGAAACUGAUCGGUUCAACGUGUACGAUGUCAAGUUCUACCCGUACUUCGAUCCUUCGAACACAGAACCCGUUUUUGCUGUUGUGUCUCAGAAGAAAGUCUACAUUGCUCGCUUGUCGGCUCAGACUGAUUGUGUCAUCACUAUGCUUCAUGAACUGGAGGAUGAACAGGAACUGCGAGACGGUGAUUCUUCGGGUCUCAACUCAUGCUCAUGGUGCUACGUCCACCAGGACCAGCCCCUGCUCGCCCUCGCCGGUGGAUCAGGCCAACUCAAGGUGAUUGAUGCUGUGACAGGAAAUCAAUUCACAACACUGAUCGGUCAUGGACAUGGGGGCAUCAACGACAUAGCAACCCAUCCAAUCUUCCCAUGGAUUGUCGCGACCGCUUCGGUCGAUAAGAGCGUUCGAAUUUGGGACUUGCGGCGACAGAGUUUCCGGCAUGAAUCGCACACCAUCAUCAUCUGCGGCCAGGCAACAGGCCAUUCUGAAGGCCUAUUAACCCUCUCGUGGCACUCUACCGGAAGAUACUUGAUCACUGGUGGUCAUGACCACCUCAUUUGUGUAUGGACCAUCCCGGAUCUUGCAGAAGGAUCAUCCUUUUGGCGGGAAAUCGGACCAGAAAGCAGGAAGCGGAGCUCCGGUGAAGUUCAUGUCAUCCAUUUCCCUCAUUUUACCAGCUCGGCUGUGCAUCACGACUUUGUUGAUCGCGUAAAGUUCUUUGGUGACCUGGUCAUAUCCAAGGCCGCAAAAGAAGGCAAGAUCGUGCUAUGGAAGAUGACUGGCUUCGACACACAGAAGCCGCCCCCAAGCCCCGUGACGGCCCCAAAGGCUGAAGAACAUCUAGACACGCGCAACGGGUUUAUGCGUACGCGUACGAGGGGCAAGAACGGGGUGGAAACUGUGAAGAUUUCCCCUGAAUACGAAGACCAGCCCCCUUUUGAAAGAAUGCUGGAAUUCGACGCUCCCAACAGCGAACCCUUUUAUAUGCGCUUCGGGCUCCUGCUGCCCUCGUCGGACUAUCCAGAGCUACAUCCCGUUCUUGCCUUCGGCAACACCACUUCCGAGAUUCGCUUUUGGGAUCUUGAACGACUUGCGCUGGGCUACUCCGUCGGCCUAAGUCCCAACAAAAGCAGUCCAGUAAAGAAGAGGAAAGGAGUUGCCUCGAAAGCCAAUCGAGCCAGCAUCGUUUCUCAGAUUGUUGCGGAAGAACAAGACUCUGCACUGCGGUUGCUUCAGGCUUGUCGGCAGCACGACAGGCUUCGACAGGGGCAACCAGUGAAAUAUCAGAUGGUCCGGUGGCGGAUGACCAAGAUCAGCCAAUUCCACUACCAGAUCGUGCAAGGCUUCCUAUUGAUGAUCCGCACCAGCUGGUGA